AACAAAUGAGACAAAUAUGUACACAAUGUCGAAGCAAAAAAAUGCAAGAACUAAAAUGAAUUUUCUUAUCAAACAUGUAGAAUAAUGUAAAAUAUACGUCGUCCCUCUGUUAACCUGGCUUCUGAGUUCCAUUUCUCUUUUUAUGUGUACGCUUAUAUGUUGGAGAUUAUGUUUUUAGGCAAAAAAAGUCUUGACAAGCUUGGUCCUUCUAAUUUUUCUACGUAGCCAGUUUUUUGGUACUUGUACCAAUAAUUUUCCAAUAACAGCUAAGCAUCCCCUAAAAGCCACAUUGUUACCACACUCAAAGAACAAUUAUUAGCAUCUGGACUUUUUUUGAACCUUAUUAUCAAGGCUGAAGGAAUGACUGUAAGAAAAACGCGCCAUUUGACGGGACUAUACAUUUAUUGACAGUUUGACCGCCAACUUGCACCAACUGUCAUCCUCGAACAAACAAUGGAUAAUUGUUUAUAAAUUAUGUGGGAUGUACCAAACAAGAUCAUGUUCCUGUGUAAUUAGAUAUGCAUGAAAAAUACUGUCUUUUACCAAUUAUAUUGAAAGGAGCGUUUCUGGACAAAAUUUAAAAUGUUGUACACAUGUAGCACCUUUAAACUCCUAGUAUCCUCAAUUCAAAUUGUUCCUCACUGUGAAGUUGUUCAUUAAUACUUUUUUACCUAUGAUCAACCUUCAUAUUAAGCUAAAAUCAGAAGCUUUUGCUAUAAACAAAAUUUUACGUAAUCAAAUUUUAAGAAAUACAAAAGAAUUGGCUUUUUAACGACUAAUGUGAUGAUUACAAUCACUAAUCUAAUUGUUUGAGAGAUCGAGUCAUGCGAUUACCCACGAAAGGCAGACAGGACUAAAAUACAACUCAUGACUCAUAUAAUCAAAGUGAAAAACAUUCAAAGCCAAAAAUCUGAAAAUUAACAUGCAUCCACCUAUCUUAAAUUUUAUGAAUAAACCUUUUUCGAAAUGGCAAGCACAGGUAGCAUUGACGUAGCAGGAAAUUCCCGUAGAAAGGAUUUUUAUGUAGGUGAACGCGGGCUGUGAAAAAAGUCAUCUAUUGAUUAUUUUGUUAACCACCAUUCCGCAAUUAAAAGUAAUUACAUUAUUUGUCACUACGUCCUGGAUGCAAUCACGAACUGAUUCCGGAUGUCAUUUCAGAUUAAUUACUUCCUAUGAAACAGUAUAAAGCGCUGCGAGAUCGACUGUAUUAGCAUACAAAGCUUACAAGCUUACAAGGUAGUUGAUACAAUAGCGAAACGCAAUGGUGAAACUGCUGCUGAUUUUAGCACUUUUGCAUAUAGCAUCAAGCGAAUAUAUUCGAGUGUGCUAUGUUACAAACUGGGCUCAUUACAGGCGAGGGGUUGGACAUUAUAACAUUGCAACAAACUAUGAAGACAAGCUAUGCACGCAUAUUAUUUAUGCUUUUGCUAAAGUUACGUCAAGUGGAAGCAUAUUACCAUAUGAAGCAAUGGAUAUACCAAUAGGCUACAAAGCAGUCAGUGCCUUUAAAAAAAGGGAUCCCAAUCUAAAAACAUUAUUAGCUGUUGGUGGUUGGACGCAUAGAUCAGUCGGAUUUACAGAUAUUGUAAAAACUCCUGAAUCUCGAUUAAAUUUUAUUACAAAAGCUAUCAGUUACUUAAAGGAACAUGAUUUUAAUGGCCUAGAUCUGGAUUGGGAAUACCCAGCACAGCGUGGUUCGCCACCAGGUGAUCGACACUUAUUUACUUUACUUUGUGAAGAACUGAAGCGUGAAUUUUCUAAGCAUAAGUUAUUGGUGACAGCAGCUGUAGCCGCAGGUGUUUCAAGUGCAACGACUUCGUACGAAAUAUACGAAAUUUCCAAGCAUCUUGAUUUCAUUAAUCUGAUGUCAUACGAUCUUCACGGUUCAUGGGAAAGCUCAACUGGCCAUCACACUGACGCCAGUGAAACUAGACCUACUAGCCAACACAGCGUGUACAACUCAGUAAACCAUUGGUUAUCAAGUGGUAUGGACCCUUCAAAACUAAUUUUAGGUUUGGCUUCCUAUGGUCGAGGCUGGUCACUUCGAGAUGGAUGCAGAGAAUGGGAUUUGGGAACUCGAGGUAAAGGAGGAAACACACCGGGUAACUCAACAAUGGCAAGCGGAUUUUUGGCCUACUACGAAAUCUGUGAUAUGAAGUUUCAAAAUCGAAUCUGCACAUCUUCAAGUAGUGUAAAUGCACCGUAUGGUUCAGAUGGAAAUAACUUUAUUGGCUAUGAGGAUGAAGAAAGCAUUGCAUACAAAAUCAAGAACAUUAUGAAGAAGAAAAAUCUAGGUGGUUUUAUGUUCUGGUCUAUCGAUCUUGAUGAUUUUUCCAAUCAUUGUGGUACAGGAAAGUUUCCACUGAUUAAAGCAGCAACUGCUGCGGUGGAUCAAGAUGUACAACCUAGAGCAUGCCAAGACAUAACACACACUGGAGAAUGUCCUCCACCACCAACGUUACCUCCAAGUAAAUGUAGAGUGAACCCAAUAGGUCCAUGGAAAGGUGAAUUUGCAGAAGAUGAGUGGUGUAGAAACCCAGGAAAUUGUCCUGAUGGUCCACAUUGCACGCAUUAUAAAGGAUGUACAAGUUGUAUGUGCGAAUGUGAUGACGACGUUACAGGUACGUCACCUCCUACAAAAUCAACUGUUUCUUCAAAGACUUCGUCAACCCGUUCCACUAAAUCUUCAACAAUGCUUUCUACCUUAUCUUCAACGUCCACUACGUCCACCAAUAGCCCUGUUUUACCUGGUACUUGCACUGUCCCGUCUGAUCUACAGUUAAGAAAAAGCUGCUAUAUAAACCCAAAGGGAUUGUGGAAAGGUGAUGCAUUUGACCUGUGGUGUAAAGUAAACUGUGCCACUGAAAUAACAUGUCAUAGCGAUAUGUGUUGCUGUGAUUCGGGGAACUAGCCAAUUUUUUGGUCAAAGGAAAACUACAACAAAAGACAGCACGAACGAUAAACAGCAUUAAAAUUUCUGUACGUGCAGGAGGUAAUAUGAUUGUAUUCAACGUACCUCAUGUUGCUAAUAAAUUAUUGAGCAAAAAAUAAAUUAUUUUAGGGAUUAUUAUCAUGGAAUUAUAUUUAUCAAUAUAAAA